UGCAAAAACCCCACUGCAUUCAUUGUGCUACGGUCUAUCCACCCCCCUGCUGCUGCUGGGCUUGCGAUUGCCGCUUGCUCCAGCUGAGCUAAGAGUAACAGCAGCACCAGGGCAGGGACUGACUCCAGCCCUUGGACUUAGGACAUCGCAACACGUUCACUUGCCUGCGUGACUCAUUCGCACAUCAUUUCUGUUUAUGCCUGGGGUGGGGAGAAAUAUCCCAAACCAGCUGUGUAAAUGAGUAUGGAAGAUUAUGAUUUCCUGUUUAAAAUUGUUUUAAUUGGCAAUGCUGGCGUGGGGAAGACGUGCCUAGUCCGACGAUUCACUCAGGGUCUUUUCCCCCCAGGACAAGGAGCCACGAUUGGAGUUGAUUUUAUGAUUAAGACGGUGGAGAUUAAUGGUGAAAAAGUCAAGCUUCAGAUCUGGGACACAGCAGGUCAAGAAAGAUUUCGGUCCAUUACCCAGAGUUACUACCGAAGCGCCAAUGCCUUGAUCCUCACCUAUGAUAUAACCUGUGAGGAAUCCUUCCGUUGCCUUCCUGAGUGGCUGCGGGAGAUAGAACAAUAUGCCAGCAACAAGGUCAUCACUGUGCUAGUGGGCAACAAGAUUGAUCUGGCUGAAAGGAGAGAGGUCUCCCAGCAGAGAGCGGAAGAAUUCUCAGAAGCUCAGGACAUGUAUUACCUGGAGACCUCAGCCAAGGAAUCAGAUAACGUGGAGAAACUCUUCCUUGACUUAGCGUGCCGCCUCAUCAGUGAAGCCAGGCAGAACACACUUGUAAACAAUGUAUCCUCGCCCUUACCCGGAGAAGGGAAAAGCAUCAGCUAUUUGACUUGUUGUAAUUUCAACUAAAGGCUGAGGCAAGGAGAAGCAAAAGGAAUCAGCAGCUGCCCCUAUGGGCCCCAAAUUGCUGGGGGAGAUCUGGUGAUGACUAUGGCUCCUGCUCUCAGACCUUCUGACUCCCGUGGGAUCCAGAGCUUACAGAGCAUGGCAGGCCGAAGGCUUUGUCCACAGGCCAGCAUUAGCAGAACAUAUAACGGUUUCACCCUUUUGCAGUCAGGAGUUGGAGCAAGGAGAAAAUUGCACUAGGCGCUCCGUGAUCUGCAGAGCAUGUUGCUUUUGUUCUUUAAAAAAAAAAAAAAAAAAGCAAGUAAAAGCGCAUUCCUGAACACAGCCCUGGGGGAAAUGUACUGUAGGGAGAUUCCUCCUGCACGUCAAUGGGUGCAUGUAGGGGCUGUGCUUUAGGGCUUCUGGGGGCCCUGGUUUUCUUGUCUACCAGAUAAACCAAAACUGGGAAGGCCAAGUACUGCCUCUGUGGUGUGUGUUGAUGACUCCAUGGAGACUUUGAAAAGUGUUACUUCUCUUGUCCACAGGCACUUUCAAGAACUUUGGGAUGUAAAAAUGAAAUGAAACCUUUUCCCAUGACCAACAGUUAACAAUCAUUGGUUUAAUAUUAUAUAUAAGCUCCAUGACUCCUUUUGGUGCUAAUGAAUCCGCUCUUUCAUACAUUUUAGUACAUCGAUGUCCUUAAAUGUAUUACAUUGAAAUUAAAAAAAAAAAAGGGAAGUCCAUGAAUCAGCACUCUUUCUCAAAGUCUCAUUACUACCUUCUCUAUGGUGGAUUUGUUGGAAAAUAAAAUAUUUUCAUGUUCUUUCCCCUCUAAAUCUCUACCAUUUUCUUCUUCUAUUCUCUCAUCUUUCCAGCCUUUUAAGUAAAUGAAAACAUUAGAAAAUUGAGAAAAAAAAAUGGCUGGUGAUAUUCUAAUGUAAAAGACUAGCUCUAAGACAUCAUGAGUAAUACAAGAAAACAGACCUGAUCUGACCAAAAUACUGUGGAUUAAUGGACUGCGAUGCAGAGUUCUAAGCAGAGCACAGUCCUUGGUAAGCAGGUGACAUCUUUUACUUCCUGGUACUAUCCAUCUUGGACAGACCAAGGCUUAGAAUUUUGUACAUGUUUUUAGUAUGAUAAGUGACAAUAGCAACAGAGGAAAAGUCUUAUGAACCAUUUUUGUAUCUUCAGUAACGUUGGAAAAAUUCUGCUUGUGGAAGCAGGCGGAGCUGUCAUUAGUUGCCUCCUUCAUGUUGUAAAGUUACUCUCAGACUCACGACCAUACAUUCUUUCCUAUUUUUCUUUUCCUUUCUCUCCUGGUAUCCCCAUUCUUUUUUUUUUUUUUUUUUUUUUAACUCCCUCCCUUUACAUGCAUGUGUUACUGCACAUCUCCAAUUCAAACGGAGGUGUAUAUGCCUUUAAUUAGCCAAUUUUAAAACACGACUCAAGAUGGAAGAUGUGCUGCUGGAUAUUUGUUACUAAUUUCUUUAGUGCCAUACUUUGAUGCCUUCCAAUUUGUUCACUGAUAUAAAUGCAAAUUGGGGAAAUAAUUAAACCUGUAUACUGUUGAUGCCGUCAGAUGUUUCUGUAGCUUGCCACUUGGCAUCGCUGAGGGAUGAAUAAUGGAAUAAGGGCAGGAUAUGCAAUUUCUGUUGUUGUAGAUGGUGGCAAUCUUGGUCCUGAUAUGUUGAUGUUUGAAAGCUGUUUAAUUUUAAAGAAAUGAGGUGCACAGAGACACGAUAUUGAUAAAGCAUUUCCAGUGUUCCUCUAGCAGAUUUCAAACUGACUCAUCUCUGUAUACAGAUUAUACAUAUUGUAUAAGGGAUUGAUACUUUUGGUUGGCUUCACUGUGUUUGUUCUGAUCCUCUCCUAUGGGUGACAGAAAGAGAUCCCAGAAGUUUGAAUUGCUUUCACUUUGAAUCUGUUUCUCCAGGAAAGAAAAGUCAUUUUAAUAAAUACCAACCAAAAUAAUUUCAAUAAUUGUUGCUUUUCCCUCCCCUUUUCUCCACUAAGCCAGCAACAAUGAAAGUACUCAGAAAAGAAGUUGUCAAAGUGGGCAUUAGAACUUCUCUUUUUAAAACUGUAAGGAAAUGUCUAAAGGUUUAGAUUUAUUGUCUUUUCUUUAGGGCAAAAAUCCAAUUCCCAAAUCAUAACUGAACUCUAUCUCCACAGCAGCAAGUGUGUUGAAACUAAAACUGCUUUGUGAAUGCAGACAAUUAGGUUAGACAAAUUUAGUUGUAGAACAGCUUCUAGGAUUAUUCUUGCACUCUGAAAUUCCUUUUCCCUAGGGCUCAGCUGCUUCAGUCUACCCUUGGUCAUACUCCUAAGGGGAUUAGAAAGUUCUGCUCUUGGGCCCUUCCUUUCCUGUUACUCCCUGCAGCCUUUCCAUAAUGUACAGUCACCCAUCCAUGGCCCAUAGGUAGAGAUACAUGGGAAUUUAGAACUUUUCUCCCUGCCUUAGUUGUGUGAAUUCCAGAUUAGGCCUUAUGGACACUUGUUCACUGGUACAUCUCUAGUUUCAGAACAAUCCCUGACCAUAUUGUUGGUGCUCAAUAAAUAUUAGUUGAAUAAAUGACUUAGUGCCAAGUGGAGGUUGGCCAGUUACAUAGAAAUUUCUCUAAUAGAACUUGAGAAAGGAUACUGAUUAAAUGUGAUCUUCUUAACCUAGACCGGAAACUAAACUCAUUGGUUUGCUUACUGGUGGUUAUUGCCAUGGCAACAUUUGCUAAGAUGACCCUUCUUAAAUAAAAAUGAAGUCUUACUUCAUGGUGGAUGAAAAAGAGAAUUGCUUUCUUAUAAUUCAGCUUGGCUUGGUCUGCCUCACACUAUCAGAGUCUGUCUGCUUCCAUUUUUUUCUUCUUUUAAUAAAGUUACAAAAUAUUUGGCAAAACUUUUCCUUUUCCAAUGAAAACCCAUCAUAUUUAUGUCCUAGAAUCAGGCAUGAGAGAACCUGUGAAAUCAUAUAGCUCGCUGACAUUAAUGAUAUUUUAUUGUAGCUUUGGGUAGUCUGUAUCCUCAUAGGAUUUUGUGCUUUUUCCUUUACCUAUAUAAGGCUUCUUAUGUUUUUAUUAUUCUUGUUGUGUUAAUAUUUAAUUUUGAUUAUGCAGGGCCAAUUGGCCUUUCUGCAAAUUAGAUUAGGCCAUUAGGGUUCCUGGUCUUUCUUUCCCCGUCUUUUCUACUCAUUUCAUGUUACCAUCUCUUCCUGAGUAAAGUGGCAAGUGUAACUAGAAAUGAAAGUCAAAGGGAUUGAUUUGGUAAUGUGUUAGUUCCUGAAAAAGGAUAAAAACCACUGGUCAAUAUAAUAUAUUUGGGUUAGGAUUAUUUAUUUUAAACAACUUAGAUUUGUUGGAGAGAGGAGGCAGAAUUGAACAGAGGAGUGGGUCUAUUCAUGACUGCAUACCUUUGGAGGAUACUGGUGAGUUCCAGUGUUAGGUCAAUGAUUUGCCUCAUUUAACUUCUCGGCUAUUCCAUAAUUCUUCCAGAUUCAGCAUCAAAUUUCAGUUAAUGAAUCAUCUUGAAUAGAUAACAGUUGCAAGUGAUUUUGAAUUGCUCUUCUGACUAAAUGAAAACAUCUUUUUUUAUAAACCAAGUCACAUAAGAUAUCUCACAACCAGAAAAAAACUUUCAUUUUGUUCCCCACAUAUCAAAACAAUGGCUCUAAAAAUAUACGUUUUCUAUUUCUUAAGUCUGCAGAACUCAUAGCCUUCUGUUCUUUAGGGAAUAGUGCCCUAUUAGCUCUUUUAGGGUUUGCCCUUUGUUGUCUCGAGAUUUUUUUUUUUCUCCAACUGCAACUGGUUACUUACUUUCCUCAACCAUGGUGCUGACAGAUGCAUUUUAAAGCAACUAUAAUACUUUUGAGACUUAACUUGAAAUUCAAAGACAGUGAAUAAGAUGUGUAUCUCCUGGUUCAGACAAACAUUACUCCACACAAGCAAUCUGGUUGAGCACUAAUUUUGGGAUAAGAGGGGAAUGUGCUUUUUUCUUCUUUUCAAAUUUCAUUUCUGUCCCAUGAGUGUAUUUGUUUAAAAGGAAAGCUGCCUUCCCUUACAUUUAUCACACUAGGUAGAAAUCAUGCUGAAUUAAGAAAUUAUCCUACCUUCAAGCAGCUAAUUAAUAUAGUAAUCUUGGAACAAGAGAGCUGACACUUCAUCUUCUUUCCUAAGCCUAUGAUGUUGGAAGGUUAUAGUCACCUCUGGGAACUAUACUUUUGAAAUUAAAAAGAAACGGAAGCAUAAUAAAGAUGGUGAAGAAUUUAAAAUUUAUGACAUUUGAAGAAUAUUUGAAGGAGUUGGGGGAGAUUUAGCCUGGGAAAGAGAGAGGGACACAGUUAGUGAAUUAGAGCAAGACUGGUUCAAAGGAUGGAAUGAGGUCCACUGAGGCCAUAGGGCCACAGAUUUGGGAUCUAAGGGAGACCUCUCUCAAAACGGCGGGUCACCAAUGGAAGGAGCUGCCUUAGGUAAUAGUAUGCAUCAAGCAGAUGCUAGAUGAUGAGGAAAGGAUCUUAGCAUGGGUUGGAGGUUCGACUAGAUGACCUAUUAAUUUACAUUGUAGCACUUUGCCUCUCAUAACAUGUUCAGUUAAAUAUGUUAACUUCCAGCUAAUGAUUUUUUUUAAGGACUGCUUUUCUGCCAGUCUUCUUGGAAGGAGGUUGGUUACAUGUUGUUUGGCUAAGAGACUGGCUUGUCAUCAUGCCCUAGGUUGGGACUGCUUCGUCAGUCCAUUCACUGAUGUCCAGUUGAAAUCAUAAACUGGUUCUUGAGCUAAAAAGAAGUAUUGUUUUAAUAGAAUUUAUGUAGAAACAUGGAAAUUAUGUUUUUGUCACGUGGCAAACAUAGGCCAUGCUCAGUUUAGUGAAUAACUGGUAUCCAGGAUUUCAGACCAGGCCUUUUUUGCAGAACAGAAUCUUCAGUUAAAGAUCCCAUAAAUAAACCAAUAUGAAGUUUUGCGGCUUCCAUUAGAGAUGGGCUGGUGCGUUCAUGGCAUAAAGGAGAUCUUAAGAUCUGUCUUGGCAGAAUCUCAAAUGACAUUUGGUUAGUUGGGUUGAUUCUCUUGGAAAAAAAAUAAAAAAAAAAACCCAUGAUUUGCAAAUUAUUUUAAUAGAACCAAGGCUAAAUUUCUUCAGUAGAAAAAGUAACAAAACGAGUUUUCAGAAAUCAGAGACACUAUAAGCAACACUUACUAAUAAAGCCCAUGACCAAAUGAUUCCACCUGCAAAAUAAGUUGCAUCCCUGUUAGGCUGAUAGAUGGGUUUUCAUUAGUCUUUAUAAGUCAUUGGUUUUGCAUCCGUAUGGUGAGAAACACUUGAGUUUGGAUAAGACUUUCUUUGACUCCUUUAAAUAAGAGGUUAGAGCACAAAAGCUUGCCACCUCUUUAUUUGAGUUACUUAGGUACAUGAGACAAAUUCUUAAUUUCCACUGAAUUAGAGCAGAAUUUUUGGAGAUGUUGUGUUCUGGAUCCUAAUGGAAUCCUUGAUGGGUUAUAACUCUAACACUUCAAGGAGUGUGUAAAGGGGGGAGGUGUAUAAAGGGGGAACACCAGGUUAGAUAUGAGGAGUCCUAGUACUGCCAUGAAUUAGCUGUAUCUUUAUGCAAAGCACAAUCUCUUGAGGAUCAGUUUCGUCAUCUAUUAGAUAGACUCAUAAUACCGGUUAGGAUUAUUGUGAAAAUUAGGUAAGAUAAAUUGAAAGUUAGGACAGUGCUCAGUAGGCAGUAUGCAGUCAAACAUUAGUUCUUUUCUCUUAAGGGCAGACUUUGGAUGGUCUGAUACAAUAUAGAUCCUUAGGUCAAAACAAAGAAUCCAUUUCAACUUUGAAGAAAAGAGCACCGUUUCUGAAAGGGCCUUAAAAAGAAGUCACUUAUUUGCUCCAUCUUUCUGCCUUUGGACAUUACUAUCACCCAAGAGUCUCUUUAUUUCUUUACAUAUUUCAGGAAAGGUAAUCUUACUCUUUCCCAAUGGACAAUUCCAGGGUUGCAAACUCCUCAUUAUCAGGAAACUUAACUUUAUUACUGAAAUACCUCACAGUGCAAUUUGAACCUCUUUCUUCUUGAGCCCAUUCUCCAUGGGAAGAAAAAUGGGUUGAUCCUAUCUUUGUAAGGGACCAUGUUUUCCAUUUAUUAUUGCCCUUUGCCUCGUUUUUUUCCCUUUAAUGACAGUCAGAAAAAGCUCAUCAUGGUGAUAAUCAUUAUUCUCUUGGGUAGUGUCAGGCUAGGUAUUUAUAAAUUCUUAGUUUCUUAUUAGUAUCAGAUUUAGAUCAUAAUUUCACUGUUGAUUAACUUUUCAAUUAUCCAUUUAUUUUUCUUCCUUAUAUACUUGAUAACAAAGAGUGCUUCUGAAGAAUUAUUCUGGUUGUGUGGUUCUUGUUUUCUCCUCUUGGUAAAAAUAGAGUCAUGAAUCCUAGUUUUGUCAUCUGCUUUUAGAAUUUCAUUUCAUAGAUGACGUAUAUUUGAUGGACAUAAUUACCAACACCCAAAUUUAACAGGGUUUUUUUUCCCUUUCUACUUGUGCACUGUAUUCUGAAAUAAAAACUGGAGUACCAAAUGCCUAAUAAAGCAAAAACUCAUGUACAGAACAACAAAAGAAUCUGGUCUAUUAGGGUAAUUUAUCCUUAGUUAGUUGAAUGGUCCACAGCUUUGUUUAAGGUUAUACAGUUAUGCCUGGAUUAAAUAACAAUAGCAAAACUUGAUAAGCCUUCUGAAAAACAGCUGCUAAACGUAUUGCUUUCUGGAAUGUAAUCAUUAGAAAUACUCUCUCAUUCUAUACAAUUGCAGAAUGCUAGUGGAACUUUCUUGUAGGCUAUUUGACAUUGAAUGUCAAUUGAUUUAAAACAUUUUUUUUAAUCCUCUUAUUCCUUUAAGGCGUGUUGGGGCUUUCAUGUCCCUUUUGUGGAAAAUUUCAAAUGACUGGAAUGUUGGCUUCUAAUUUCUGCUCACUGAAGUGUCCUCUAGACAUACCAGAUGGUUGGAGCUCCUUUGAUGAUAUGUAAGGGAGCUACAUAAAUGUAUUUAUGUAAAUACACUUACAUAAAUGUAAGUGUGUGAGUAAAGUUGCUGUUUUCAGCAACACACACACACCCCUCCAAAAAAAACUCUGCUUAAAAUUUCAAAUAAUAAAGGAUUAAGAAGAGAUUUUUGAUCAUCUAAAGGGAAAAAGUUGUGCCCCACAUAUAUUGUUACAAUACUUUAAUGCAUGACUUUUAGUGUAGGGAUGAAAUAAAAUGCAAAAUAUAUCAUUCUGGAAGUUUUCUCAGCAGCUCGUUAAAAUAUUUAGAGAAGCUGUUUUAUAAAGACUUAGAGAACCCCUGAAUUUCCCCCCUUUCCUAUCUCUUUCCUUUAAAACAUGGACCUUUAACAUACACAUAGUUUUAACAAACAUGUUAACCAUCAAAUCUUAUGAACUCAGUUAUUAAUAUCUGGCUGGUUUUAAGCAUAGGCUCUCAGUAAUAUCUGAAUACACCAGUAUGUAAAAUCUUAACUAUCUGCUUCAAUACAGGUGUAAUACUUGGUUUUAAAUGUUAAUAUAUAGUACACUGUAUUGUCCUAUGUGUUCAUGUAUUUAGUUUGUUUAAUAAAAAGCCUGUUAGGAAUAUAAGCCCAUAAUGACUUGAGUGCACUUAGCUGAAAACCUUCGAUUAAAGGUGAUUAUAUGAAAACCUCAAUCCGCAUUAAAAAGGUGGGAUCAGAAACAGGAAUGUGAACAAAAAAAGUCUUUAAUGAAGUUGCAUCCCUCUUUUUAGAAUAAAGACAUAAUUCAUCCCUUUAAUGUGUUCAAUUUGGUGUUUUUAGUAUUUUUUAAAAGUUGAAAAACACUCACUAUUAUCUAACUCUAGAACAUUUUAAGUAUCCCCCCAAAAAACUCUGUACUCAUUAGCAAUUACGUCUCCACCCUCCUCCCCCAGCAUCUGGUAAUCACUAACCUACUUUCUGCUUCUAUGGAUUUGCCUAUCUUGGACACUUUAUUUAAUUAUACAAUAUAUGGUUUUUUUGCAUCUGACUUCUUUCACUUAGCAUAAUGUUUUCAGUUUUAUGUUGUACUACAAAUCAAUAUUCUUUUUAUGGCUAAAUAUAUUCCAUUGUAUGUAUAUUCCACAAUUUACUUGUCCAUUCAUCGUUUGAUGAACACUUGGGUUGUUUCUAUUUGGGGGUGGUUAUAAAUAAUGCUGCUAUGGACAUUUGUGUACAAGUUUUCUGGAUGGGUAUAUACUUUCACAUCUCUCUUAAAAGCAAUUAGUCUAACAAAUCACUUGUGUUCACUUAAGCAGAACCUCUUAAAAUCCCACUUGGAGAAUGCAAUUUACAAUCUUAGCUCGAUUGGUCAAUUAGGAGACCCCUGAAUAAUGGCUAACAUCUCAAUAUGUCUGUAGAAAUCUUUCUAUGAACCUACCAUCUAUAUAUGAUAAUCAAUUUCAUGAAGGCUGCUUCAGUCUUGUAGAAAUUGAGUUGUCAUCGCAUAGAGAAUUUCUAAGGUCCUCUGCAUUGUUUCAAGGGAUAGCUACAAACCAUGUUGGAAAGUACUCAUUCAAUCUUCUAGGAUUCAAUGAAGGAGCACUUUUAAUAUAUACUUUCCUUUACAUACUGACUGUCUUUAAAAUUUGGAUUUUUCCAUCUUUUUUAUUAAUUAUUCUUAUUCACACAUAUUGUAUUAUUUGCCCCAGGGGGGAUUUUUCCAUCUUGAAAAAAGAUUGUCAAGUCACCAAACGACCUGUCCAUUGUAGCUUAAGUUUUAAUUAAAAGAUAAUUCAUACUGAGAGUAAAAGUAAAAAGAAUGUAUUUUGUGUGCAAAGGAUGAAUGUAUUAAUAACUUUUUAUUUGUAAAGUUUUUUUAAAAAGAUGAAUGGAAAUUGCUUUCUCAUGUACUUGUAUAUAAAUAAACAUUUCCUGUUGCCCACA